GAGGCUCUCGAGCAGGAGCGUCUGGAGAAGAAGAAAGAAAAGGAACGACUUAAGGAAGAGAAACAGAAAGAAAGAAUCGAAGCCAAACAAAAGAAAGACCAGGAAAAAUCGGAACAAGUUGAACAAAGGAAGCAACGAGAGAAAGAAAGAAUAGAGAAGAAAGAACAGGAGGAAAAAGAGAGGAAGGAAAAAUUGGAGAAGAAAGAGGAGGAGAAACGUAAGAGAGAGGAAGAGAAAAAGAAAAGAGAAGAUGAUAAAAAGUAGGUGUUGGAAAUUGUUCUAGCUAAAAAAAAAGGGAAACAUUAGGUGUUUUAGUGAUAUCCAAGGGUGGGAAAAUGAUAUCCUAACGGGGUUAGUAAGAUAUCCUCUGGGGUAACUUCCACAAAUUCCAUCCAAGGUGGUUCCAAAAUUUUUUUAUAUCCUAAGAGAAUUAUGAAGGGACCCCUGAAUGGGGGGGGGGUCUAUUAAUAGAAUGGCCCAGUGCAGUUGAUCCCUUUUUGGUCCAGUGUUUUUAAAAGAGUCGGAGAAAGCCUGUGGUGUUUGUGUUGUGUUGACUGCGGCGAAAUUAUCAUCAGAAAAUACACGCUUCCGGAAAGUAUGUAAGAUAUACACAUUAACUGGCGUGGGAAAGAAACUUUUUAAUACCACAUUUUUUAUUGACAGUUUAAAGAAUGAAGAAAAGCGUAAGAAAGAAGAGGAAGAGGUAGGAUAAUUUAUGCAUAUAUGUUAUUUUUUCGUUGUUUCAGUAACUUUCAGAAGUAAAACGUUUAACUCUACUUGUUUGUCUCUCGUGCAGAUGUUGAAGAAACAAAAAGUAAAGAACUCUUUUGCCAGUUUUUUCAUCAAGAAAGAAGUCGCAGCCACACCAAAAGUAUGUUUGCUUUUUUAUUUCAGGGAAAUGCUAAGCUGUAGUGUACUAGUGUGUGCAUGGUUGAUCAGAUAUUUUUAGCUUUAGUCUUUCACUACGCCACUGCCAAUCAGAGAUUGAUCAUCGCAUGGUUUAAAUUAACACCUGUGGCUACAAUAACAGUUGGUAGAAUAUUUCCACGGUAACACAUGCAGUGAAAUUUUAUUGAAUUUUAACUAUUUUAAUCAUUUUUAUGCCAAUUACCGCUAACUGUUCGACCUCCUAUGCUACGACCUAAACUUCCUGCCAGACGACCUAUUACACUAAAUAUCAAGACUUUGUUGGCAUCUCACUCGACUGAAUAAUAGUUGAAGGGUAUUGUAGAUGGAAAUUAUCGACUGGAAAUUUAUAUACAUUUAUUAAGGCCGAUUUCCAUUCAGUGCAAAACAGGGUCUUAGCUGGCAUUUUACAUCUUUGGCGUGCUUCUAAAUUUACACGGUGUGCCCAUGUCAAUUACCUUGAAUAUAGCCAAAAACACGAUUCCAGUUAUGCUUGUCAACAAUAGACUAUACAUGUGGUUGUUCUAUGCUUUUCAACCAGAUGAGCAUACGCUCAAAUUUCGCACUAUAAAUCAUUUUAGCAACUCUUGGCGCAUUUAAAGCCAUUUUAACAACUAUACUGUGCACAUUAUCGAUCAAAACAUUAAAACAUCACGGAUCACUUUUACCAAUCUCAACAACUACAAUAGAUUUUACAAAGAAAUUCUGUAUGUACAGUAUAGCAACACCUUAUUUUAUGAACCUACAUGCACGGCCAAAAAUAAAUAAUGAAGCUGCGUUCAUUUCAUCUAACCGUGUUUUUACAUUUUUGGCCGCGAUAACAUGGCCUUCUAUCUAAGACCUGGUGCAAAAUGUCACGAGAUCAACUUUUUGCGACCACUUUCUUUUGAAAUGUGUUCAGUCAACCUCAUCUAUGCGUCCUCUGACAGGAAUCGAACUUCCGGCCCUGUGAUUCCGGUACAGCGCUUUGAGCUACAGAGUCCAGUUGUCGAGCUCUAACUAACCACAAAUUCAUGUAUAUAUACUAGGGUAUUGCCAUGUUACUGUAUCAGUAAAUAUCAAUGUAACCGUUUAGAUCAACUUAAAUGAAGACAUUUGACUACUACAGACUAUUGUCUUUUGUUCUAGCCAAAAGAACAUGUUCCAAAAGAAGCGAAAUUCCAGCCGUUCGAACUGAAGCCAUUCAUGAAGUUAUCGAGUGCUCCGUAUAGAAAACCUUUAUCUCAAGAUGAUAAACAAGUAUUGUCUGAACAUUUAGUACAACAGGUGGGAAAGCAAAUCUGUAUAGUUUCAACUGCAUUCUGACUGGUCAGAAUUGUGCGUCUAUGGCGUUAGAUUGGAUGUAAUUUCAAGCUUUUACUUUCAAGACUUGUUAGAACAACCCUGUAACAAGUCUGAUAAUGUCAUCAAGCUUGUUGCAAGUUGUUUUAACAGCGUGUUCUAAAUUGAGAACAAGCAGUGCGAACACAACUUGUCGACAGCUUGUGAACAGAUUUGUAACAACUUGUUUGCAGACUUGUAACAACUUCUGCGUUUUUUCGUGUGUAGAACACGUACUACGGUACACUGAGCCCUGACACGAUAUUUCUAUACAUAGGCAACAGCAAGUUUGCAUCAGGUGAAAGAAGAACUCCUUGCUCUUCGAGAACUUGCUCGUAAAAUAAGACUAGAAGCGAAUGAAAGCACGACGAACAGUGCAGCCGAGAGAGAUGAGGAUGAGAUAAUGAUCAUUGAUGAUGAUCUUCCCUCGGACUUAAAGACAACAGAACCCAAAACGAAACACGAGAUUAACAAAGUCAAAGGCAAGCUACUUCAGUUUCGUGAGAAUAAUAGACCAGCGUAUUUUGGUAGUUGGAGAAAGAAGAGUUCCACUGUUGGACCAAGAACACCUUUGAAGAAAGAUGAGGUAUGUCAACCAAGCCUGCAAUUUAGUGCCGAUCAUAGGAAAGAUGAGGUAUGUCAACCAAGCCUGCAAUUUAGUGCCGGUCAUAGGAAAGAUGAGGUAUGUCAACCAAGCCUGCAAUUUAGUGCCGGUCAUAGGAAAGAUGAGGUAUGUCAACCAAGCCUGCAAUUUAGUGCCGGUCAUAGGAAAGAUGAGGUAUGUCAACCAAGCCUGCAAUUUAGUGCCGGUCAUAGGAAAGAUGAGGUAUGUCAACCAAGCCUGCAAUUUAGUGCCGGUCAUAGGAAAGAUGAG